ACGAUUUUGAAAGUGAUUAUGAAGCAUUUGUUAAGUCUAUGAAAGGGAUGGAGAAAGAACUUUUGGAUAAGAUGGACAGAGAUGAAAGAAUUUUCGAUAACCUAGUCAAAAGUAUCGCACCAAGCGUUUUUG